AUGGUCCGGAAGCGGAGUUCUUCUGCGUCGCCCCAGUCGCCACCAAAGAAAGGUAAGAGGGAAAAGCAGAAGAUCCACGAGAAAAGCAGGAAGAAGGCACAGGUGGAAGAGCUCCCCAAGAAGGAAGAGGCGCCCAAGGAGGUCCCAGAAGCAAAGCCUCGGAAGAAGGGGCUUUUUAAAGAGAAGCCCAAGAAAAUCGCCCAGGAAUCCAAAAAGGAUGCAGAUGACUGGGAGCUGCUGGACGACGAGGAGCUGCUCAGCCGAAAGCAGGCGCAGGAAGCCAAGAAAGCUCCCCAAAAAGAGGCACCCGCGAAGGAGCCAAAGCCGAAGAAGGCGAAGGCAGAGGAGAAGAGCAAGAAGUUGGACCCCAAGCGGCGGUCGGGCAGGCCGGAGCGCAGCCGCAGCCGCAGUAGCAGCCGCAGCAGGAAGCGCAGCCCCAGCCGGAAGCGCAAGCAGCGCAAGCGCGCCAGCACGCCGUCGCCUUCCAAGAGCUCUUCCAGCCUGGACUCCAAAACUCCAGAGGGCCUGCGCUCCGACUCCGAUUCGGAAGCGAAGCCGCAGGUCUUCGGCCCGCAGAAGCCGUACAAGGCUCAGCUUGGAGCCAAAGCACGGCCGGCGGGCGUCGGGCUCUUGAGAGCGCUUCCCUCGUUUCCCAGCACCUCGGAAAAGUGCAACAGGCUGGCGGAGGACGGCUACCCCACGCCGCUGACAGCGUCACAGCCCACGCUGACGCCAUCACAGGCACGGGUGCCCGCAAAGCCAGGCUUAAACUCAGGUAGGUCGACGCCGAAGUCUAUUGAGGGCCUCUUGGACGGUAGCGAUGAUGACGGCCGGCCUCUAAUACCCUGUCCCGACUGUGGCCGCAGCUUCAAAGCAGACAGUCUAGAGCGGCAUAAGCAAAUCUGCAAGAAGGUCUUUCAGCAGAAGCGCAAGCAGUUCAACAGUGCUGCCAACCGCUUAGGUGAGUUCGAGAAUGCCAGCGAGCUCAUCGCAAAUGCGUCCAAGAUAGAGCGACAAAAGGACGCUCCGAAGGAGGUGCCGGACAAGCCAGCCAAAAAGGACAAGUCCGUCCCGAAGUGGAAGGCGCAGUCGCUGGCUUUCCGCCAGGCCAUCCUUGCAGCAAAGGGUUCUUCGGAUCCGGAAGCCGCCAAAAAGGCUGCGGAGCUGCAGAAGGAGAUCAACGCGGCCAACUUGGCCUCGGGAGGAAACGUGAUGGAAUCGGACAUGGUGAGAUGCCCCCACUGUGGCAGGACCUUCAACAAAGAGGCGGGUGAGAGGCAUAUCGCCAUUUGCUUGAAGACUUUCGGCAAGAAGCUGGGCCGCGGCCCGCCGGGCGUGCAAGGAGGGGGCAAGGCCGGGCUGCAAAGCACAUGCCCUCUCUGGCCCUGA